AUGUAUGUAAGCUAUAAAAAGAAUGAUGGUACACAAGUUAAAGUUCCAUUAGACAACAACUGCUACUUAAACUUAUAUGGAGACGAACAAAAGAAAUAUUUAAGAGUUUAUGAAAUGGCAGAUAUGACUUUGCCUGACCCAGCUCCGGCACCACAUUAUUAUGACUAUGGAGAUGACGACAGAACACCACAUGUAGAUGAACAAAAGCUAACAUUAUAUUUAGAUUAUUAUAGAUAUAAAAGAUAUAAUGCAAUAGAAAAAACGAGAAUAGUAUAUUAUUAUACAGAUGACAGAAAUAAAUAUUAUAGUCAAGAUUUUACCUACCCUGAAAACAUAAGAUUAUAUUAUAAAAAAUAUUCUGACACAAACCAGAAGAAACCUGAAAUAGUUGCACUAUAUUUUAAGUUCAAAAGAGACAAUCCUAUAAUAUCUCAUAUGUUUGAUUUAAUGAACCCAGUAGGUUCUAUUUAUACAUCUAUGGAUGCAAGAGGUCCUCAAGUAAUGUUUGGUGUUGGUGCAUGGGAACAAAUAGUCGACAGGUUUUUGUAUUGUGCAAACUCUUCAAAGGAAACAGGUGGAAGUAAAACAAUUACAGGUGAAAAUUUACCUGCACACAGUCACUACAUAGAUUUAAGUACAUCUCAAGCAGGUUGGCAUAAGCAUAGAUAUUGGGAUUGGUCAGGAAUGACAAAAGGUAAAGGAUAUGAUGUUAAAGAUGACGUUAAGUUUGCUAUAAAUUGUUACUGGAGUGACACUCAGGGAGAAGGAAACCAUACACAUUUCGUUUCAGGAUAUACACAAACAACGGGACAAUGUAAAGAAUACAUGCCACCUUACAUGACAGUUUACGCAUGGUAUAGAAUUGCUUAG